AUGCUGUGGAAUAGCUCCGUGACGCCCGUGGGAGCCGUGGUGAAGGACGACAUGGACCUGUGGCAGCGGCAGCCGCUGGAGACGGUCUAUCGCCUCAACGUCGGAGGGCCCAAGAUGACCAUUGAGAACGACACGCUGUGGCGGACGUGGCUGCCCGACGGUCCCUACCUCUACGACGCCUCCGGGCUGUCGGUGGUGAGCAACACCUCCAACCCGAUCAUCUACGAUUCAUCGAACGGAUACACGAGGGAGGUGGCGCCAGAUGUCGUGUACCAGACCCAGCGCAUGGCGAACGUGACGGACUUACUGGCGGCGACAACCCCGGGCCAGAACUUCAACCUCACGUGGACGUUCCCGGCGGUGAAGGGGUCCCGCUACCUCGUCCGCCUCCACUUCUGCGACUACGAGGUGGUCAGCUCCGUCGUCGGCGUUGGCAUCGUCUUCAACGUCUACAUCGCGCAGACCAUUGGCACUCCAGACCUCACGCCGAAUGCUCGGGCGACUCAGUCGAACGAGGUCUUUUACAUGGACUACGCGGCCAGGGCGCCGAGCACCGGGAACCUCACGGUGAGCAUCGGCUGGUCGUCGAAAAGCAGCGGAGGUGGGAUACUGAACGGGCUAGAGAUUAUGAGGCUGCCGCCCGUUGAUUUGAGCUCGAGGAGGUACGGCAGGACGAAGAGGACCAUUGUCAUUACGGUGUCGGCAGUGCUCGGCGCCGCCGUUCUUGCUUGCGUGGUGCUCUGCUUUUUCGGCGUGCCGUAUACGAAGUACAGCGGCUCCGGCUGGGCUGAGCAGUUCACGAACCGAUGGUCCAGAGAGGGCAAGACCAGCGGGUUGCAGAGUGUGAGCACGAAGCUGCACAUCGCUCUCGCGAAGAUCAAGGCCGCCACGGACAACUUCCACGAGCGCAACCUCAUCGGCGUGGGCGGGUUCGGGAACGUGUACAAGGGCGUGCUCGUUGACGGCACGCCAGUGGCGGUGAUGCGCGCCAUGCGCGCCUCGCAGCAGGGGUUGCCGGAGUUCCAGACGGAGAUCGUGGUGCUGUCCGGCAUCCGGCACCGGCACCUGGUGUCGCUCAUUGGGUACUGCAACGAGCAGGCGGAGAUGAUACUGGUGUACGAAUACAUGGAGAAAGGCACGCUGCGGAGCCACCUGUACGGUUCCGACGAGCCGGCGUUGUCAUGGAAGCAGAGGCUGGAGAUCUGCAUCGGCGCGGCGAGGGCCCUGCACUACCUGCACAGAGGCUACGCGGAGAACAUCAUCCACCGUGACGUCAAGUCGACCAACAUCCUCCUCGGGAGCGACGGCGGCAGCACCGGUGGCGUGAUCGCCAAGGUGGCCGACUUCGGGCUGUCGCGCAUCGGGCCGUCGUUGGGGGAGACGCACGUGAGCACGGCGGUGAAGGGCAGCUUCGGGUACCUGGACCCGGGGUACUUCAAGACGCAGCAGCUGACGGACCGGUCGGACGUCUACUCCUUCGGCGUGGUGCUGUUGGAGGUGCUCUGCGCGCGACCUGUGAUCGACCAGAGCCUGGACCACGGCCGGAUCAACAUCGCCGAAUGGGCCGUGAGGAUGCGCAGGGAAGGGCGGCUCGACAAGAUGGCCGACCCGAGGAUCGCCGGCGAGGUGGACGAGGAGUCGCUGCUCAAGUUCGCAGAGACCGCUGAGAAGUGCCUGGCGGAGUGCUGGGUGGACCGGCCGUCCAUGGGCGACGUGCUGUGGAACCUGGAGUAUUGCCUACAGCUGCAGGAGACCAAUAUCACCGGGGACGGACUCGACGACAUGGUACCGUCGUCGACGAGCUUGUUGAUGGACGAGACCGACUUGAGCAUGACCAAUGUCGCCGACAGCAAGGUAUUCUCCCAGCUGAGCGCCCGCGGCGAGGGACGAUGA